GAUUGGUACCACUGAUUAUUAUUCAUUUACUCACACAAAUAUAACAUUUAACCUAGACGUAAAGCCAGAGAGUAUGGCUGCAUACUGUUUCAUGGAAUGAUUUCGUUAGUGAAAAUGAAUAAUUAUUUAAUGUUCAAGUGAAUUAUAAUCACUUUGAAUAUUUUAUUCAUCAUGGAAUUAAGUUUACCCAACACGUUAUUAGCAGGUGAUCCACGAUUAAUAGAUCAUAUUGUAGGAGAAGUUAAAUCUCAAGGAAUUUUUGAUCAAUUUCGUAAAGAAUGUAUCGCUGAUGUUGAUACAAAACCAGCAUACCAAAAUUUGCGUACAAGAGUUGAAGGAUCUGUAAAUUCUUUUCUUAGCAAACAAUCAUGGAAACCAGAUUUAAACAAAAAUCAAUUGAGAGAAACAUUACGAAAGCAUAUACAUGAAGCUCCUUAUUUAGAUGCUGGUGUAGAACGCAUAGUAGAUCAAGUAGUAAAUCCAAAAGUAUAUUCAGUUUUCAUGCCUCAAAUUGAAGAUGUAGUAUAUAAAUUUUUAGGAAUAGAAAGACCUAAGGCAAAAGAAAAAAAUGGUGCAUGUGGCCUUAAAGAUUUAUUACCCAAAGAUUUAGAUCCUGUUUCGCCAGAGUCUGAUAAAAAUAGUUUAAAGGAUGUAUCUUUGGAAUCUAUGGAUACAAUGGAAGAUUUAGAAAUAAAGAAAGAUAUAAAAUUAAUUAAUGAAAAAUCACAUGAGGAAGAAAUUUCUUAUGAAAAAAAUAAAGAUAACAUAUCUGAGAAUGGACAUAUUUCUUCAGAUGAAAAAGUAUUAGAUGAAAGUGAUAAAACUUUUAAUAAGACUGGUAGUAUUUUAAAUUUAAAUAUAUCUGGAAAAUCAGAUGAUAAAACAGAAGAGGAUGAAGAAGACAGUCCUACUUUUGAACCAAUUGAUAUUAUGAAUUUAAAUGAAUCUAACAAUUCUAAUGAUUCUCAUUUAUCAGGUAUAUCAGAAUUAACUAGCCAUAGAUCUAGAAGUCCUGAUUUCUGUAAUGAACUAUCAAGAGACAAUUUUGAUUAUAGUAAUCAAGAUUCACAAUUAAGUAAAGUUUCUUCUGAUUCUCGCUUAUCAAUUGUAACUGACUUUGGAUCUUCUAAUCAUGCAUCAACACCAAUACAUGAAGCAUUGAAAGAUGAAAUAAAUAAAGAUAAAUGUGAUGUUAAAAAUAUUAAAGACAAUUUUAAAACUGUCAAAGAAUAUGAAUCUAAUAAAAAUAAAAAUAAUAAAAAUAUUUUUGAAUUGAAUAAAAAUAAAGAUGUACAAGAUAUUAAAGAUUCUAAAAAUAUUAAAAACAAUUUAUCUUCUAAAGAAAACUGUCGUGAUGCUACAAAUAACAGCAUAAAAGAUAAGUAUGAACAUAAAAAUAAUAAAGAUAGAAGCAGAGAUGUUGAAUCUAAAUCAAAAUCAAAAGAUAAAAACCAUAUAAAAGAGGGAAAACAUCAUAGAGAUAGAAGUAAUGAUAAAAAAAGAGAAAGGAAUCAUAGUGGAUCAAAAUAUGAUAAAUAUGAUAAAAGUAAAACUAAAGAUAAAGGUGAUCAAUUAAAAGAAAAUACAGAUAAAAUUAAAGAUAUAGAAAAAGAUAAUUACAGUAAAAUAAAGGAUGAUAAAAUAAAAGAAACAGACAAGAAAGAUAAUAUCAGUAAAGAAGGAAAAGAUUUAAAAGAUCUUUAUAAAGAAAAAAUUAGAGAACUCAGAGAAAAAAAAGAAUUAACAGAAAAGGAAAAAUUAAAUAAAGACAAUAAAGAAUCAAAAUCAAACAAAGAAAAUAAAGAUAAAAAAGAUUCUCCAAAAGAUAAAAAAUCUUAUAAAAAAGAUAAUAAAAGUUCUUCCAAAAAUUCUUCAUCGAGUUCUCAUGAAAUUAAAACUAUUAAAAUAUCUGAAAAAAUUAUUGAGGGAAAAGAAAGAAAAAAUGAAUCAAAGGACAAAGAUAAAAAUAAACGAGAUGAAAAACGAACUUCUAAGGAACAUAUAAAAUCUAAAAAUCAUGUCAGUAUGAAAAUGGAUUCGACAGAAAAAUUAGAUAAACAAGACAUAAAGAAAUUUAUAAAAAAUGAAAAAGAAGAAAAAAUUGACAAAUCUGAAACAAAAAAAGAUAUUAAGUCAAAUAAUGAAAAACUAAAUAAUAAAAAAGAUGCAAAAAAUUAUAUGCAAAAUAAAAGCUCAACACGAAAUGAGAAAUUAGAUAACAAAAGAGAAAGCAAAAAUGAUUCACAACAUAAAGAUAAAAAACGAAAAGAAGAAAAAAAGUCCAAAUCAAAAGAUGAUCAUUCUAGUUUAAGAAGAAAUUCUAAUGAUCGACGUUCUACAGAUAGGGAUGGUUCAAAUGGAUCUAGUAGCAAAAAUUCACAAUCUAGCAAUUCUGGAUCUAAUAUUGCUAAUAGUAAAUCAAAUACAUCAACUUUUUCUAAAGAAACAAACCAUAUAAGUAAUUCUGGUAGUGAAACAUCAGAUAAUAUUGAAGAAGCACAUACAAGUGAUUUAAAAUUAUCAUCAGACCAACAAAGUUAUAAAUUGGACAGAAUAACAGAAUUACAUUCAGAAUACAAAACAGAAAGCAUUAAUAAUUAUGAAAUGCAUAUUAAGCCAGAAUUAGAAUUUAAUGAUAAUAAUUUACCUUUGAAAAAACGAGCAUUAUUAGGAGAAGAUAAUAGCAUUUCAGAAAUGAAAGUGAAGAAACCAAAAUUUGCAAAAAAUAUACAUGAAGCUAAAAGAUUAAUGAAAAUUAGAAAACAAAUAGAGAAACAAAAACUUAAAGAAAAUAAAAAGAUGGAAAAGCAAAGUAUUCAAAAAGUAGAACAACCAAUACAAUCAAAUUCAGUAAAUAAUGAUAAUUUUGAAAGUAUGCCAGAUGAAGAACGUGUUCAAAUAAUAGAAAUACCAGAUGAAGAAUAUGAAGAACCAUAUCCUGAGAAACAUACUAAUUUAACUUUAGAAGAAAGAUCAAUAAUGAUGUUACAAACUGAAGCUGGUACAAAAGAUUUAUUGGAAACACAUUCUAAUUUGAAAUUGAAAUUAUCAGACAUGGAACUGUGUAUUAGAAAAUCAUUAAAUGAAACAUUACCUAAUAAAACAUUAGAAGAAGAAUCUGUCCAACAAUCAAGUUCCAAUAUUCAAACAAAACUGUCUGACAAUAAAGGAAUUGAAGACUUACAAAAUAAAGAGUCAUUGUCUUCUACAAUAGAAGAAACAAGUAGCAAUAUAAUAAAGGCAGAAAAAAUAGAUAAUUCUGUAGAAAUAUAUUCUGAAAAACUAAUACAACAAAAAACUAGUAGUUCAUCUAAAUUAGAAAAACAUAUAACAUCUCAAGGCACAAAGUAUUUUAACAUUGAUACUAACAAAAUGGACAUAAAUGAUAAAAACAAGCAAUUAAACUCAAGUAAUAUAAUUAUAAAUGAUAUAACUUAUUCAAAUGACAAUAAAAAUAUAGAAAUUCCUUCAACAUCAAAAUUUAAGGAUGAAGAUGUUUCUCGGGAUAAUCAAAACAAUAGUCUUUCUAAUUUCAAUAGAUAUGUAACUGACAUUAAAUUAGUAAAAAAAGAAUCGGAGGCAAUAGAAUUUACAUCAAUAGAAGUUGAAGAUAAUGAAGAUUGUCGAUACUUCAAAGCUGAUAAUGAAAAAUCAGAAAAAUUUUCUAGUUUCUUAGAAUCAUUAGAAUUAGUGGAAAAUAGUUCUUUAGAAGAUAUAAUAGAAAGUUUAGGAGGACAAGUUGUAUCUUCAAUACCAAAAGCUAUGGCACCACCUUUACCAAAACGUAAACAUUCAUCUAGCCCAUUAACAGAUAUAUUAUUAAAUAAUUCAAAUAAUAACAAUGAUGGAGGGAACCAUAAAAAAGUUCUCAAUUCACCUAAUGAAGAAGCAUUAAAUAACAUAAAAAAAAGAAAAUUAAUAACUAAGAAGCAAAGACUCCAACAAAACAUAUGUGCUCCUCAAGCACUUUUAAAUGGAGAAAAUUUUGUUAUGCCACUAAGUCCAGAAAGUGAUGUAUCCGCAACCAGUGAAAAAAUUCCUUCUUCAAAUCUAAUUAAAGAAGAUAAAGGCCGGCAUAGAAGCAGUCAACGUUAUUCAAGUGAUGAUUUAUAUAAACCACGUCCACUAUUUUCAAGUUCUUCUCGCAGAAGUAGGAGAUCUAAUCAGGUAUAGCUAGUAGCUUGUAAUUUAAGAUGUUGAAUUGUGUUUUACUUUAUAUAAUACAAAAAAGAAAUCCUAAUUGUUGAUUCUAGUAAUAUACAUUUUAUAUCAUAUUUGAAUCAAAUAUUUUUAAACUUUAAAAUACUGAUGUGACCAAGAAAAAAUUUGUAAGUUAUAUAUCUAAUAUGUUUAAAAUUUAAAUUUCUAAAUUUUUUAAUGCAAAACUUCAUAUAAAUCAAUAUAUAUUAAUAUUUGUUUCAAAUAUAUGUUAUAUUAGAAAUAAGUUGACAUUCAUAAUUAAAUUCAUAAUUUUAAAUUGGCUAUUUAUACUUAUCUAAAAAAAAAUAUAUUUAGGAAUUCCUAAAUGAUAUAAUUUAAGCAAGAAUUACUUAUGUAGAAAUAUUGAAUUUAAUGCAGUAUUAUUAAAAUACGCAAUUACAAAAUAUUUUUAAAUAAAAAUAGACAUUUUUUUUUGAAGAAAAAUAAUAUAAUAUACAAUAUUUUAAAAAAUUCAGAAAAAUAUGAACAUUGUGAAAAAAAAUAAAUGCAUUGAAUUGAAUUGUACAGUUAUUAAAUUUAAUUAAAAUUGGUUGUAAAAUUGUACUUUUUCAAAGAACCUGUAUAAAUUUUGUACAAAUAAUGUAUGUUUGAGUUAAUCAUUCAAACUAUAUUGAAGAAUACAUACUUAAGUAGUUCUCAUUUAUAAAAAAAAAAAGAAAAAAGAUAGUUAAUAUUUUUUCAUAUUGCUUAUAUGAAAUUUUUUGUAUAAAGCUCAACUUCUUAUAAAAAAUAUAUAAAUCUGCAAUUAAUGUGCAAUUUUUAUCAAUAUAAAUGUACACAUUGAAAAAAUAUAUAAAAGUACAUAUUUAUAGGGCUAUAAAUUAAAGAAUUAUUAUAUAUGCACUAUUUGACAUGAAUAUAAGUUUUGUAUAUAUUAACAAAAAUUUUAUACAAAUAUAAUUUUUUUUUUAAGCUCUUAUUCAUCAAGUUUACAUUAUGAUAAGAAAUAUGUGUAAAAAUGUUGCAACCUGAUAAGAUUAAAAGGAAGGCAAUUGUUACUUUUAAAUAGUUAUCUUAUUCUAAUAUAAGAUUUUACAAAAGUAAUAUUAUUUAUGUUUUUUAUAUACUCUAUUGGCAAUUUCUUUGUAUUUAAGUUUAAAAUGGAUAGAAGUUGAAACUAAUUAUGUUGUGGUGUUUAAAAUAAUUUUAAGCAAUAAUUUUUUUUUCUUAUUUUCCUUUUUUAUUCUUUAUUUUUAAUAGAACAAUAACAACAAAAUUAUAAUACAAAAAAUUAUUAUCUCAUUUUUCAUAUAAACUUUCUAUCUAUUUAAAAAUUGUAAUAUUAAAUUUUUACAAAAGAUGUUACAUUUAUUAAUAAGCGUAUUCUUUAUUAUUCCAUAUAUGCAUAAGUUUGUAUAAAUAUGUACAUAAAACAAGUAUAUUAUACUUUAUUACUGUGAAAAUAUUGUAGAAUAUUUUUUCCAACUUUUUAAGAUAUUUAUUGCCAUAUGUAACAUAGUAAACAAUUUAUAAAACUCAUUACUAUUAUAUUAUAAUUGCUUUAAAAUAAAAUGACUUUUUGUAUACAUGUUAAAAA